CAAAAGUUAAGCUAACGUUAGCUAGCUAGCCAUUUAAGUUUUUUAGACACAUUUAGGUAUAAGGUAUACCGUUUUUAAAACUACUUUUUGGGUUUAUUGUUAAAUUACAUACGCGUUAAAGUUGUUCAGCCUGUUUAUCUGUGUUUAAGUUAACUUUAGAAGAUACUUUAAGAGACGGAAAGUUAGUCUUACUAACUUAAGCUAGCUAGCUAAGAGGCGUGAGCCUUAAAAGAUGCUAACAACAACAACAACAAUGAAGGUAACAUAACAUAGAGAGGUACUGGAGAAAAAGCCCGAAGGAACAUGGUAUAAUAUUAGUAUUUCAUCAUUUAGUUAUGAUGUGAUGGAGGAAGAGAAUGGAAGAGCCUCAGCUUGUUUCUCCUGGUCAAAUGAUACUUCAGCUGAGCUCUGGCACAGCACCCCAGUUAAACAGAAAAAUCAUGCUGCUUCAAUGGAUGUUGGCCAACUGUCUGACCUAAGCAGCUUCAAGAUGGACAGCACAACGAAGAAGUGGGCCAGAAGUACACCGUCCAUUUCUGCAGACACCAUCAGUCCCCCAAACUCACAGGACACUGAGUUUCCUGUGAAUGACCCGAGUGGCUCCACCAUCCAGAGGCAGAGGAGGGAGCUCCAGCUGCUGAUGGCCGAGCUGAAGGACCGCGACAGGGAACUAAACAACAUGGCCGCCUCCCAUCACCAGCAGCUUCACACCUGGGAACAAGACCGCCAGAGGGUGCUCACCCUGGAGCAGAGGUGUGCCCGCUUGGAUGAUGAGUUGCAGAAACGUAACGAGGUGAUCAGAGUCCUGACUAAACGAGUGUGGACGGUGGAAACCAGGGAGGUGGAGGUCCAGAAGGAGCUCGGUGCAGCCCGACAGCAGCUCUGUGAGCUGGAACAGAAACAGCAGGACAUCAGCCAAACAUGUCAAGACUUUGAGGAGAAGAACCAGAGUCUGAACUCCACGCUCAUGGCUCUGUCCACCCAGGUCGGCUCUCUGCAGGUCAGAGAGGAAGAACUGAGCUCCAUGCUCAAACUCAAGGAUAAAGACGUGGCGGAGGCCUCGGGUCAUGUGGUCGACCUCACCGGGCGUCUACGACAUCUGGAGACGUCGCUGACGGAGAGUCGCUCACGAGAAAACAAACUCCUGAGAGACGCUGAGGAGAAUAAACGCCGCCACAGAGAAACCAGACAUGAGAUCACACACCUGAAAGAGGAGUUGCAGCAGCAGGUAACUCAGAGCAGCACUCAGAGAGAAGAGAUCAUCCGUCUCAAACAGGAGCUGCAGCUGCUGCGCAGAGAUCUGGCCUUGUCAGGAGAGGGAGACAGCUGGAGAGACGAGCUGCUGGAACUGGCUCGCUCCAAACAGGAACGCACCAUGUCAGAGCUCUGCUGCCUGCGACAGGUUUGUGUGAAUCAGAGGAAUGACCUGCAGCUUCUGCAGCUGAACCUGGAAAGUGCUCGUGAAACCCUGAGAGAGAAGAGCAAUCAGAGGUUAUCUGGAAGUCCUGAGGAGUUGAGAUGUGUCUGUCCUUCAUCACUCAGAGUGAACUCCAGACUUCUACAUGACGCUGCUUCUCCUCCAGCAGCCAAUCAGCACGCUGCAGCCAACGGCGACCUGGGAGUCUUCUCAGCACUCUCUAUUGAUGGUGAUGAUCCUCUGUCCAGCUGUUCUCUGCAGCAGCUGCUGGACGAGUCCAGACAGCUAACCUGCAGCACAAGACGCCACAGCUCCACAAACAGUAACAGAGUCCCCACUGUGAGCUCUCAUACACCCCUACGCCACCACCAAACUACCCCAACACACCAGGCCGGUGAAACUCCACCCAGAGGCUGCCCUCAACACCAGCCAGCCAUGUGGACCACAUGACACUCACUGAAGAUUUUAUUUUAUUUCCUUUCUUUGUGGAAACUUCAGUAUUUACCAAAGUUUACAAAUCAGUGUUACUACAGAGACCGGGUGAAGCUUGAAGCGUCUCAGGGAAAUAAAAAUACAUUUAUGUCAUGAGUUUGUAACCUUUUUAUAUACUUCUUAAUUUUUCAUUUUAGUGCCAGCGCAUUACUCUUUAAACAUAACAUGUAUUUGUGUUUUUUAAAUCCCUGUUUUAGAUUUUAAAGGCUGCAUUGUGAUCAGUGGGUGAGAUGUGAAACCAGUCCUACAGGCUGUUGAGUGGUGUGUCCUUGUAUUGUCUUUCCAGUUUCACUGGCUGCAGAUUCACCUGGUGACUCAAGAGGAAAUCACUAAAGCUGUUUAUAGUUCAUUCAAUUUGUAACUUACUCAUCUAGUUUUUAUUAAAAAAAUACAUAUUUAUAUUUAAACUACAUGUCAGAGGUGUUUUAUUGCUUAUGAAACAGUUUUGGAACGCGUUUUUACGCAUUUGGUGCGCUUUUACGCACAACGAGAAACAGCUUUGUUUACGUUUAGACCAGCUUUGUU